AUGCUUGUGUGGGUGAAGAUUGUGGCUCUGGAGUUGCUCCUUGUGAACUUGGGAGUGGCGCAGGAACGUGACUAUGAGAGGGAUUUUGAGGUGUUUCAGUCGGGUGGUGGUGAUCGAUCCCAGUCCAUUUACACUCUCUACGACGAGGAGGAUCAGAAGAGAGAGCAUGGUUUUGAUGGACCUCUGGGACCUUUUGGGGCUGAAUCCAAAAUUACUUACUUACCCUACUACGUGUCACCGGAUGAAUUGGUGAGGAAGUACAGAAGUGCUGGGAGAUAUGGGGGAAAUGAUCGGGAUGGAGCCCAUAAGAGCUACGAUGAGUUCUUCAAUAGGAACUUUGGGCAGAAUUAUCAGUUGUAUGAUUCAAAAGCUCCGCUCAAGACGGAACAUGAAAAUGAGGAAACUGAGCAUGAAACUGAAGCUCCCAGGGCGGGUCCUAAGAAGUUCAGGACAAGAUCAGGUGGUAGGAGGGCCAGCUACAGGGCUCAACCUGAAGAGAAAUCCAGCUACAGGGCUCAACCAGAAGAGCGGUCAAGCUACAGAGCACAACCUGAAGACGCUGAAGAUAUCCAACCCUAUGACUACAACUAUGGCGGAUCAUCGUCCUACAGUCCAUCGGCUGAGUAUCAGAGGAUCAAAUUUCUGUCUGAGCAACAAGCGAAGGAAAUCCAGCAGAAUCCUUCACACUGCAAAGUGAUCAAGAAGGAAGAUAUGGAGUGCAAUAUUUGUCAUGAUCCCAAAUCUGGAGCUAAGUCAGAAUCAUGUUCCUAUGCUUCAAAACCAGCUGCCAAGAAGUAUGCUUUCAUCAAGGAGAAGAAGUACAAUAGCAAGGACGACGAAGAUGAUUCGGAGGAAGAUGAUGAAGCUGAGGAACAACCAAAGGCCAGAAGGAGUGAGAGUCUGAGAUCUGCCCGUUUGCAGAGGCGCCCCACAAAAGCAUCCUCUUCUGAUGCAACACAUGCCGCACUUACGGCCACACCGAAACGUCGUGUCACGUCUCGUGGCAAAAAAUCCAAUGAAAAUCGCCCUCCAAGGGAUGUUGUUGGACUAGAUCCUUACCUGUAUGGAUCAUCUGAUGAGUAUGAUGCAGAUGAAAAACCCAAGAAAAGUGAAAAACUCGCCAAGAUAAAGUCCUACGAGGAUUACUUCAGUCACGUUUUUCCGGAGCAACAUGGAAAGAAUUCCAAGGCUGCUCUGACUGCUGUCAACGAAGACGAUGAUUCAGAGUAUGAAUUCAUCCCGGACUAUGAGCAUAAGAAAAAUGUUGAGGAAGUAUUGGCGGAGUUUAAGACCAAAGACUGGUCAAAGUGCAAGAAGACACAGAAAGGUGAUCUUACUUGCUACGAGUGCAAAGAUCCCGAUGGUGUUCUCCAUGAGGAAUGUAUGUUUGUAUCAGAAUCCAGUCCACGCACCAGUCGUCUCACCUAUGAAGAGAAUAAAAAGUAUGCCCAGCCAAAUAACGACGAACAACACCAACAGCAGGACCAACAAGAAGAUGAUGAUGACUAUGAAGAUACUGAAGAACCAUCACCCAGUGAAAUUGUCAGUGAAAGAGUGGCUCAACUUCAGCAGCGUUUUAGGAAGAAGAACACAGAUUCUCUCCUCAAGCCCGAAGACAGUCUUGACCAGAAGUUACCUAAGAAGCGUACCAUCAAACGUAAAGUGACUUACCGCAAAAAUACCAAUCCCGACAAAUUGGACAAUGAUGAGUCUCGUGUUGUCUACUAUGAACAGAAAUUCACCCAUACGGAAAAUUAA